GAACCAUGUCAUAUUUUCGUAUACGACUUCUUCAACAAGAAGUAAGUUGCCUAUCAUACUCUUGAAUUCUCAUGCUUGAUCGUUCUCAUGAUGGCCUCAUUAACACCAAGCAUAUAGACCUUGCCAAUUCAGACCGCGCAGCAACGGCAAAUCCUGAACCUCUGCUACCCUCUAUAUUCUUACCGCACAGGUUCCCUACGGAACUCCUGAAACUCUCGUCUCAUCUGCCAUCACCAAAUCAAGUUUGCUUGGCCUUGACCUGCAAGGAACUCUUCAACAUCUUCGUCUCUGUGCUCGAGGCUGAAGUGUUGAGAUUAUCAGGGAUGAAUCUAACGAUAGAUGAGUUGGACGAGGAAGCUGCUUCCGGCGAAGACAGUUCAGACGAGGAAUUCGAUUCAUCUGGUUUUGACAAGAAAGAUGAGUCGGACGAAAAAGGCGAUUCUGAUGCCGAUGGGGAGGAAGAAGAUGGAAAUACGAAAGAAGAAGACCCCAAGUGGUAUUCGCGGAUACACCUUCUCUGCCUACUAGAAGACAACAAAUGGACGUGCUGUGCAUAUUGUAAGAAAUUAUAUCCAUAUGAAGAGUUUCCAGCAGGUGAACUGUCACAAACUCCUUCCAGAAGAUGAUGUGCCAAAUACAGGCUACUUGAUAUAUGCCCUUGCAUCACAUUGACACCCCGUGGUCGCGCCCGUAUCGUAAGGCAUCUGCAGAAAACAAGGGGAAAGCAACCUCCUAUUGAUCGGCAAGGGACUGCUCGAGAUGCAAGAACCGAAAAAGAAAGUGAUUAUCUUUCUCACGAAUAUGGUGCGUAUCGCAACAUUCGAGCUGAAAUGAGG